AUGGGCGCGCAGGCCGGGGCGCUGCUGCUGCUGCCCCUGCUGGCCCAGUGGCUCCUGCGCGCGGCCCCGGCGCCCGCGCCCGCGCCCCUCACGCUGCCCCUCCGCGUGGCCGCGCCCACCCCCGGGCCCGGGACCCCCGCCGCGCCCCGCGCCGACGGCCUGGCGCUCGCCCUGGAGCCCGCGGGCGGCGCCGCCAACUUCUUGGCCAUGGUGGACAACCUGCAGGGGGACUCGGGCCGCGGCUACUACCUGGAGAUGCUCAUCGGAACCCCCCCGCAGAGGCUGCAGAUUCUCGUUGACACUGGAAGCAGCAACUUCGCCGUGGCGGGCGCCCCGCAUUCUUACACAGACUCGUACUUCGACGCGGACAGGUCCAGUACGUACCGCUCCAAGGGCUUUGAUGUCACCGUGAAGUACACGCAAGGGAGCUGGACCGGCUUUGUCGGGGAGGACUUUGUCACCAUCCCCAAAGGCUUCAACAGCUCCUUCCUUGUCAACAUUGCCACUAUCUUUGAGUCUGAGAAUUUCUUUCUGCCUGGGAUCAAAUGGAAUGGGAUACUUGGACUCGCAUAUGCUGCUCUGGCCAAGCCAUCCAGUUCCCUGGAGACGUUCUUUGAUUCUCUGGUGGCGCAGGCGAAGAUCCCCAACGUCUUCUCCAUGCAGAUGUGCGGGGCGGGGCUGCCCGUAGCUGGAUCUGGUACCAACGGAGGUAGUCUUGUCCUGGGUGGAAUUGAACCGAGUUUGUACAAAGGAGACAUCUGGUAUACCCCUAUUAAGGAGGAGUGGUAUUAUCAGAUAGAAAUUCUGAAGUUGGAAAUUGGAGGCCAGAGUCUGAAUCUGGACUGCAGAGAGUAUAAUGCAGACAAGGCCAUCGUGGAUAGUGGUACCACGCUUCUGCGCCUGCCCCAGAAGGUGUUCAAUGCAGUGGUUGAAGCCGUGGCCCGCACAUCUCUGAUUCCAGAAUUCUCUGAUGGUUUCUGGACUGGGUCCCAGCUGGCUUGCUGGACGAAUUCGGAGACACCUUGGUCUUACUUCCCUAAAAUCUCCAUCUACCUGAGAGACGAGAACUCCAGCCAGUCGUUCCGCAUAACCAUCCUGCCUCAGCUCUACAUCCAGCCCAUGAUGGGGGCUGGCCUGAAUUAUGAAUGUUACCGAUUCGGCAUUUCACCUUCCACGAACGCGCUGGUGAUUGGUGCUACCGUGAUGGAGGGCUUCUACGUGGUCUUCGACAGAGCUCGGAAGAGGGUGGGCUUUGCAGCAAGCCCCUGUGCAGAAAUUGCAGGUGCUCCAGUGUCUGAAAUUUCUGGGCCUUUCUCGACAGACGACAUAGCCAGCAACUGCGUCCCCGCCCUGCCUUUGAAUGAGCCCAUUUUGUGGAUCGUCUCCUAUACUCUCAUGAGCGUGUGUGGAAUCAUCCUUCUUAUCCUAAUCGUCCUGCUGCUACUUCCCUUCCGGUGUCGGCACCUGCCCCGCGAUCCCGAGGUUGUCAAUGACGAGUCCUCUCUCGUCCGGCAUCGCUGGAAGUGAAGAGUGAAGCCUGAACUCUAGCGGCCUCGAACUCUCUGUUACGAGAAUGACGUUUCAGGUGGAGCAGGCGGGGCCGUAAGGCAGGGUCGCUUCCUGUGUCCACUAGUCUUAAAUCUGUUCUGCUCCUAGAUGCCUUCCAGAUUCACUGUAUUUUGAUUCUUGAUUUUAAAGCUUCCUUCUUCUCCCUCACUUCCAAGAAAAGUUAUAAUAAAAAACACCUCAUUCUAAACCAAAACA